UGCUUUGCUAAAUAUAAUUUAUUGCAACUAUAACUUCUCUCCCCGAAACCUCAAAUUUCUGAAAAAACGGGAGACUCUCCUCCACAAUUUCUUCAAAACCAAUUAUUGCCACUAUAACGACUGAAAGUAAAUCGUUUAGAACGUUCGCAAGCUCGAGUCGAAGCAUCUGCAAAUAUAAUGAAAGAAGAGCCAGUCACCAAACCGCAUUAAAUAGUUCAACGCAUCGACAGUUUUUGUUUUUGCGUUUUUUUUUUUUCAAUUAGCGGCAGCAGUUGCUGUUAUUAUUGUCUGAGAAUGCAGUGAAAAAGAAUGAUUCUUGUUUUCGUUUUUGAGGGGUUAGAUUUGAAGCCCUAGAGGAAGUUUGUGCUGAAAACCCUGAUCGGAAACCCUAGGGGGAAGGAGUUUUUUUUCCUCUUUCUUUUUCAUUUUGAAUUAACGAGGGUUGUUAAGAAUUUUUUGAUGUUUGAUACCCUGAGGGACUGCGGGAGCCGCUGUAAGUCGAAAUGGGUGCCAGCCGAAAACUCCAGGGCGAGAUCGAUAGAGUAUUGAAAAAAGUGCAGGAAGGCGUCGACGUUUUUGACAGUAUUUGGAAUAAGGUGUAUGAUACGGAAAAUGCAAAUCAGAAGGAGAAAUUUGAGGCAGAUCUGAAGAAGGAAAUUAAGAAGUUGCAAAGAUAUAGAGACCAGAUUAAGACAUGGAUACAGUCAAGUGAAAUUAAGGACAAAAAGGUUAGUGCGUCUUAUGAGCAGGCUCUGCUAGACGCACGCAAACUUAUUGAGCGUGAAAUGGAACGGUUUAAGAUUUGUGAAAAAGAAACAAAAACAAAGGCAUUCUCAAAAGAAGGCUUAGGUCAACAACCAAAAACUGACCCAAGAGAAAAAGCAAAGUCAGAGACAAGAGAUUGGCUGAACACCAUGGUUGGUGACUUAGAAUCACAAAUUGAUGUUUUUGAAGCUGACAUUGAGGGUCUCUCAGUGAGAAAGGGAAAGGCUCGACCUCCAAGAUUGACACAUUUAGAAGAGUCUAUUACACGGCAUAAGGCUCAUAUUAUGAAGCUAGAACUUAUUUUGAGACUUUUGGAUAAUGAUGAAUUGAGCCCUGAACAAGUAAAUGAUGUGAGAGACUUUGUGGAAGACUAUGUGGAGCGUAAUCAGGAUGAUUUUGAAGACUUUGCAGAUGUAGAUGAACUUUACAGCUCAUUGCCAUUAGAUAAGGUUGAGGGAUUGGAAGAUUUAGUUUUAAAUGUUCCUCCUUCAGUUGUUCUCAAGGAAAAGGCUGUCAUUACUCCUCCUACAGUUGUUCCAUCAGUGAAUGGUACAUCUUUGAAGGUUUCUCUUGCCACAUCUGCACCUCAAGGAACUAGUUUGUCCAGUCCUGUGACUCAGCAAGGAAAUACUAGUCAUGAACAAGCUGAUGAUACAACUUCCCAAGAAAGUAUUUCUGAUGUAAGGCCUCGAACGCCACCAUCCUCAACAGUUGCUAAUGCAGGAGGAUCGGUCUCAUCAGCAGCUUCUUCUGUAACUGCAUUGGGACCAAAUGUUGGAUUGAAUCCAGUGUUGGGUGUUGGAAGCACUACACUUACUCGUAGUUUGGGUAGUGCAAGUGCUUCUGCGUUACUUACAGGAACAGGGUCAAAUAGAAGUGCUGCAGAAACAACUACUGCUAUUCCAUCAUCCCCUAUUGGUCUAGUUACUUCAGCAAAAGAAGAUGAUGGCAGUACCUUCUCUAGCCGUAGAAUAACAUCGGAGGUAGGAUUAACAAGGGGAGUGGGCCGGGGUUCUGUUGUGAGUGGAGUUGGAACUGCUACAACAACUUUAGUGCCACUCAAUUUAAGUGGAACUGCUCAUUCAGGAAGUGGAAUUGUUCCUGAUGUGGCAAAGAGAACAGGUCUGACAGGAGAUGAUAGGGUUGGAAGCAGUGGCCUUGCACAACAGCUUGUGUCCCCCUUGACAGGACAGAGUAGAGUAUAUCUACAACAAGUUGCCAAGAUUCCUGAUGGCACCAUGGCAAACGAUGCAAACAGUGUUUCAGAGGGUGGCCUAAUAGGUACACGAAUAUUUAGUCCUUCUUCUGGUGGUCAGUGGAGGCCCCCUAGUCAGACAGAAAUGGGUCAGUUUCGUGGAAGGGCUGAGAUUGCACCAGAUCAAAGGGAGAAUUAUCUUCAGCGCCUUCAGCAGGUUCAGCAGCAAGGACACAAUCCAGGUCUCUUGGGAGCUCAAUUAUCUCAUUUAGCAGUGGCCAACCAAAAGCAAUUUUCGUCUCAGCAACAAUCUGCACUUUUGCAGCAGGCACAGUUGCAGUUAUUACAGCAACAACAUCAACAACAAGGCCCGUUACUUCAAAAUUCUCAAAGCCCUUCCCUUCAGCAGCAACAAGUUGGAUUAGGUCUUGGGUUGCAGUCACAAUCCAUUUCAGCUGCAAACACUGUAUCUCAACACCAGCAAGUGCAAUCGUCUGCUGCACAAGUUCUAACAGCAACUUUGACAUCAAAAGAAAAUGAUGUUUCAUCUACCAAGGUGGAGAGUCAACAACUUCAGCCACCGCCACAGCAGCAGCAGAAAUCAGUGGAAGAUUCACAUGAAGCACCAACAGUCAAUGCUGGUGGAUAUGGGAGGAGUUUUACAAGCGAAGACGACCUAAAGAAUUCUUAUACAUUUGAUGUGCCUGUUGCGGGGCCUGGUUCUUUGGCAGAGUUUAGUCAACUUUCAAGAGAUGCAGAUCUGACUCCAGUACAACCUGUGCAGCCUUCGCUUGGUCAUGGUGUUAUAGGACGGAGAAGCAAUUCUGACCUUGGUGCUAUUGGUGAUAAUUUGGUUGGUUCAAUUGGUAAUUCUGGAGGAGCACAUGAUCACAUUUACAAUCUCCAGAUGCUCGAUGCGGCAUACCACAAGCUUCCUCAAACAAAAGAUUCAGAACGCUUGAGGAGUUAUGUGCCAAGACAUGCUGCAGUAACACCUGCAAGCUAUCCUCAAGUUCAAUUGCCUAUAUUUGAAAAUCCUGCCUUUUGGGAGCACUUGGACACGGAUGCUCUCUUUUUUGCUUUUUACUACCAGCAGACACAUUCUGGCUUGAAAACAUGGCAGAAUACGUAUCAGCAAUACUUAGCAGCAAGAGAAUUGAAGAAACAGUCAUGGAGGUACCAUAGGAAAUAUAAUACAUGGUUCCAGAGACACGAGGAACCAAAAGUUACAACAGAUGAAUAUGAACAGGGCACGUAUGUGUACUUUGACUUCAACAUACUGCAUGAUGACUACCAACAUGGCUGGUGUCAGAGAAUAAAGACAGAAUUCACAUUUGAGUAUGCAUAUCUUGAAGAUGAGCUUGUUGUAUAAUUUGUAUCACUAUGCUUGUGCAUACGUUUAUUAAUGAUGCUUCCUUUAGCUCUGUCUCUAUUUGCCAAGCGACAUUCUUUGGAGCAUGUCUUUGUUGAGGAGAUGCUCAUUUAUUUGAUAUCAGUUUGAAGAAAAGGAACUUCUUUGUGUUUAACGAUGAUAACUCUUUGAGAAAAGUGAUCAUCAAUGAGUCCAUGUAAAAUGGUGCCUUCUUAAUCUCCUUUGCUUUAAACCUAUAAGAUAGUUGCUUAUUCUUUUUUC